AUGUCAACUCUUCCGGCACCCAUUUCAGCACUCGUGUCACCCAUCUUGACGCCAUCCCACACGCUAAUGCAUGUCCCCAGCCGGCGCCCAUCGCCACCAAUGCGUGAACCAACAUGCACCACGUCAUUCACAUUGACACCAGCACCAACAGCUAACACCACUUCUUCUGCACACGCUGUGCCAACGCCAACGCCAUGUGAAACACUCCGCACUCAACCAGCACCCACACGACACGUGGACUCGACACCAUCAAGUGUUCAUGUUCAGACCACGUCAGCAAGUGCCAACGACAUCGAGAUGUUUGUACCUUUACGGCCACCAUCCGCGAUAUCAUCGCCACCAUCACUAUCGCCCACACCUCACAAAACCUGGACUAUGCAGCCCACACUGCCACCAGCAACCGCAACCCCGUACCACCCAACUGGGCACUGGCACCAUGCGCAAAUGACCAAGGAAGGGAGGAAGGAGAGAGGAAGAGAUGAGCUAGAAGAGGAGGGAGAACAUUGUGAGGAGGUGAGCCUUAUCCCUGGACUUGCCGUCAAAUGGCCACCUUCGAACACGACACCAGCGACACCACCACGACCCGCUGUAGGGAUUCAUUUCUGGCUGGGCUUGUAG